UUCUGCCUUUCUUGGAGAUAGAGAGCUCAGAAAACCGAAUGAUCCAGGCUAUGAUGCUUUUUGGGUGGAUUUCAAUUUUGGAAGUAACAGGAUUACAAUUUUUUGUGAAGAUUGCAGUGCAUACUUUGAGGAUCUUUCUGAAGAUGGGUCUUGGGAAACUUUGUCUAUAUGGCAGUCAGAUGUGCAACGAUACAAAAUUACUGCAGAAAAAGACUAUCAUUAUCUUGAUGUUGAGCUUGUCAAUCCGAUUCCAACUUUGUAUCCGAGUCAAACAGGUGUCUCUGGUAAGAUAGUGACAUUUACAUUUGAGGGAGCAUUGAGAAUAGAAGAGGCUGCUGUACAAACAUUUGGCAAUGAAAAAAGGUUCAUACAGUUGUUGAAGCCAAAGGUUUCUUUACCUACCAAUUCUGUGUGUGUUAGGGCAAGAGACAGUCCUGAUUUUGAAAUGGACAGUAACUAUGAUGAACUGGAUGAAGAAAUUGGAAGUUUACAAAACCGUUUGACAGACCAGACUUGUCCAUCAAAGUUCACGAUGCCUGCAAAUCCUAGCAGGGUGAAAGUAUCUGUACCAUGUGCACCUGUUGUACUCGUAGACAGUUCCCAGAACUCUACUGUGGAACCAGUCCAAGCCAUUGCUAUGAAAUAUAUGCAGUCUUUCCAAGCACAAGGAAUGGGAAACACUUCUGAACCAGAGGAGGGGAUGUGUGCAGAUGAUAAUCUUGAAAGUGCAUCACUCUCUGAUGAACAACAUAGUCCUGUGCUAUCUAAGGUGUCAGAGCCAGUAUCAUGUGUUAAUCUUGGAAUUCAAAAGUCAUUGAAAACAGCUAAUCCAAAAUCUGCAGGAAUAUCUACCCCAAAAACUCCAACCAUACAAGGUCAAGCAAAGGUGAAAGUAAAAACUCCUGUAGUCGUUUUGACUCCAAAUGAAGGUACAAAGAGCAAGAAGACUUUGAAAAAGAAACUGGCUACAGUGAAAACUUCAGCAAAAUAUUCUGAAUAUCGAGAAAACCUUGCUAUGAAAGCUGUACCAGGAAAGGAAAAGAAAUUGGUUUUCACCUCUGAUUCAUGUCAAGGAAAAGUUGACAGCAUGAAAGUAUCUGCGAAACACGGGACCAAUAUAAACUGUGAGGCAAACAUUGUUCAGAAAAAGCAGACCCUGUGAUAAGAGACAAGGGAAAGCCAAGAGUGGUUCUUCAGUUAGUAGCAUCUCCAAUUCUGAAAUUGUUGGUAAUUCUAAACCCAAAAACAUCUCAAAUGAAAGUGCUUCAAAACAAUCAAAAGCUAGAAAAAUGAUGAAUAUAAAUCAGGAUAAUUUCAAGGAAACGAGCCAGAUUGUAAUAGACAGGAAAGUGCUGAAAAGGAGUCUACAGGAUUUGAAGAUGCCAAAGAAGACUUAGCAUGUAAUUCACAAGACAGUCUUAUAAAUGAAGAUACAUGCAAAGAAAUCUAUUCAAUGGAAAAUGAUGGAAUACCUUUCUCAGAGGAAUCUAAUAAAAAUCUCCAAUGUUCUACAAAAGGCUCUGGUGGCAAAAAUUCAAAUGAGUCAACAGUAAAAGGGCAGUGAUCAUCAGUCUAUUACAGAUGUAGACAAUACCAAAAGAAAGAGGAAAGAAAGCUCUACAAGCAUCAAAGCAAGGAAACAAAUGUGCACAAAGAAAAACUUGAAAUCCAAAAGAGGGAAAGACUUAAAAAUGAAUAAUACUGCACCUGAUCACAAGAUUCUUAAUGAUAUUGAACUUGAUGUGAUACAAAGUUCUUGUCCUUUUGAAAACAUUGAUAGCGGACAAAAUUCCAACUCAACAGAAUUUGUUGCAUUAACAACAGCAAUUGUUAAUGCACCUGUAAACCAAGAUUUAAGAACAAAUAAAAGUGUUACUGACAAUGAAAAUUCCAAGGAAAAAAUAUCCAAAAGAGUGAGCAAAGAAAAUACAACAAAUAAAACAAUGACCAGGAAUUCCAACUCAGACAUUCUUAAAGAUAACAUUGAAGAUGGAAUGAUUGAAAACAUGAAUGUCAGUGUAACAUUUGGACGAGGAAGGCGGAAAAAGAAAUUGAGCAAUUC